AUGGUUCCGGCAAAUUUAAUUUCACUAUUUGCUGUGAUCAUUGGUGUGGUUUUGGUCCUACGAUUCUUUUCCAAAACCAGUUUAUUCCGUAUUCUCAAGAAAUGGUGGGGAUUGCUAGAAGACAGGUUAUACUUAUACCAGUUUUACAAAGUUCCACAAUUCAACCAACGCUUGCAGGAAAAUCAACUCUAUCGGAAAGUAUUCACCUAUUUGAAUUCUUUACCUUGCGUUGAGGAUUCCGAUUUUACUAACCUUUUCUCAGGCAACAAAUCCAAUGAGAUCAAUCUCGUCCUCGAUUCGAACCAAAUCGUUGUCGACAAUUUUCUCGGUGCCAGAGUCUACUGGACGAACGAGAAAUGCCUGAAAACCGGUUCGAGAACACUUGUUUUGAAGAUUAGAAGGAAUGAUAAGCGUCGAAUUCUCCGUCCAUACCUUCAGCACAUACAUACAGUGUUUGAUGAGAUUGAGCAGAGAAGAAAGGAGGUCAGACUGUAUAUAAACGCAGAGAACGAACCGGACAGAAACGGACGGUGGAUAUCGGUUCCCUUCACGCAUCCAUCGACGAUCGACACCAUUGUGAUGGAUUUAGAUCUCAAAAACAAGGUUAAGUCCGAUUUGGAAUCGUUUCUCAAGUCAAAACAGUACUACCACAGACUCGGCCGAGUAUGGAAGCGUAGCUACCUCCUCUGCGGACAGUCCGGCACCGGAAAAUCUAGCUUCAUCGCUGCAAUGGCUAAGUUUCUCUGCUACGACGUCUACGAUAUCGAUCUGUCCAAAGCCUCUGACGAUUCGGAUCUGAAGAUGCUGUUACUACAAACGACAAACAAGUCAAUGAUCGUGAUAGAAGAUCUGGACCGUUAUUUGAGCGAGAAAUCAACGGCGGUGAGCUUGUCUGGGAUUUUGAACUUCAUGGAUGGGAUAUUCUCGUGUUGUGGUGAAGAACGAGUCAUGGUCUUCACAAUGAACGCUAAGGAUCAAAUUGAUCCGACGGUUCUCAGGCCUGGAAGAAUUGAUGUCCACAUACAAUUCCCUCUCUGCGAUUUCUCUGCUUUUAAGAGUUUAGCGAAUAGCCAUUUGGGGUUGAAAGAUCACAAACUUUUCCCUCAGGUUGAAGAAAUUUUUCAAACCGGGGCGAGUUUGAGUCCGGCCGAGAUUGGUGAGAUCAUGAUUUCGAAUCGGACAUCUCCGAGUCGGGCUUUGAAAUCGGUUAUUACAGCACUUCAAACCAACAGUGAUGCGAGGGGGGCGAGCAAGAACGGGCAGCGAUUGAGCCAGAGUGGGUCGGGUCGGGUUGUGGAAGAGUCGGGUGACUCCGGAGUAUUUUGUCGCGAAAAUAUUAAUACGAUGAAAGAGUUUCGGAAAUUGUAUGGACUUUUGAGGAGGAGUAGUAGAAAAGAGUCGCUGGACUUGGAUUCCCUCGAGAAAGAAAAUUCACGCCAUGAAAAUUAA